UGUGACAUCGCUCCUGCCUGAGUCUGAAACCGGCAGCGGCGUCUGAGGGUUCGGGGCGCAACCAGGAAGCUGCCACCACCGAUAACACAGAAAACGUAUGCGUCUCAAAGCGGGAGCACGCUCUUACUGGUAGAAUUUUGGUUACGGGACGGGAGACCGGCUCCGGUUGGGCACUGGUGUCGGCGCUGGGACCCAAGUGCGGCGUGUGGCCCUCCACACCCUGACUCCUGGACAUGGCGCGGCUCUGUGCUCUCAAGAUCCUGCUGCUCUGGGCCGCAAUCAUCGGUUUGAGCAAAUGUAACAACACUUUGACAGGCGAAAGCAACUCACCCGCACUCACCACCACUCCUCUGGUGUCACUAACCCAUGCACCAGCAAUCACCAACACAACAGCCUCCCACAAUCCUCCAGUCCUCUCAACACCUCUCAGCUCCAGCUCCGAUCAGACAGAUAAUGUAACCAGUACCGCCACUCCUACACUCACCUCACCUGAGGUCUCACCUGCAAGCAAUACCUCCACCACCUCUCAACCAGCCGCCACUCCUACUACACGCACCUCACCUGGGGUCUCACCUGCAAACAAAACCUCCAACACCUCCAAACCACUCGCCCCUCCUGCACCCACCUCAAAUGAGGUCUCACCUGCAAGCAAUACCUCCACCACCUCUCAACCAACCACCACUCACAACCAAACCACCACCACAGCUCCUCCUCCUGCAAACAUCUCUCCUACAAACGCUCCAACCAGCAACACAAGCCUCUCUCAUCCAAGCACCACUCAAACCCAAAGCACAGCUCCAAGCACGCAGCCCAACACCACAGUGACCUCUGCCACCAAAGCUACGGCUGUUAAUUGUUCUUACACGGUUACACUGUCCCUGUCUGGCCUCAAGUUUGACAUGAGCAACAAUGUUAAUGGGACCUUCAGCUUACAUCUCUCUGAAGAAGGAACAACGACCACAGUAAAGCACGAACUGGACAAUCAAACCACAUCAUUUGAAAUCAAGCACCUGAAGCCCUGUACUGAAUAUGAGCAUACUGUGACAUUUAGGACCCUUGGUCCUGUUAGUGAAGUAAAAUGUAAUCUUACUUCAGCAGACCACAAAACCAGGACAAACAGCUUGCGUAAAAUGGAAAUUAAUGCAGAAAACUGCAAACCUGGGUUUAUUUGUUACGAUAGUAACUGGAACAUCACCUCGUUACUAUCAACACCAAACAGUGUUCGAGUUGAGCAAUGCAGCAGUGACAAUAGAACAGCCUGUGUCAGACUUGAUAAAACAGAUGUUUGUACAAAUUUUACAUCAGAGUUCAUAUCAAAAAAGUGUAACAGCAGUUUUACGGUCACCAGUACAAUCACCAUUGAUUACCUGGAUCCAAAAAGCAUAACUUUCAUUCGUCCCACCAAACUUCCUGCAGAAAUAAAACCGGACUUACCAAACUGUGGUCAUCUCAAGUCUGUGUACACCUGUUCAGAACAAAAUCUCACUGAACGUAAGAAAUUGACAGACUUGGAGCCAUUCACAGACUACACCUGCACUGGUCAACUGAAGGAUGACAACAAGACCCUAAACACAACUGAUAUCAAAUUCAGAAUUGACUGUGAUCUCAUAAUAACCCCGAAGAACACCACUACCAAUACCUCCAUUUAUCUGAACUGGACCACAACAAGCCAGAACUGUCCAAAUAACAUCUACCUGCAAAAUCUAAUGUAUCACUGUAACUGUCAACCUAAAAAUGAACGAAACCAUCAAGACAAUUGGAAAACAGGAAAAACAUGUUCUUUUGAGGGUUUACAACCAUUCACUGAAUACACCUGUGAAAUCCAACCAAAUUACAACAAGCAAAAGGUUUCCAAAAUAAAAACCUUUGAUGUGAAAACUGAUGUUGGCGUCCCACAAGAUAUUGGUUCUGUGAAGACAAGUGUUCAUGGUCAAAAUACCAUUCAAGUCAAAUGUGAUUAUAAAGAUAACGACUUUAAUGGACCUAAACCCAACAAACCUUAUAAUGCAACGCUUUAUUACAAAGAUGGCAGCAAAGUACUACAGGAGUCAAGUAAAAUUUGUCAUUUUGAAUUUAAGGAUCUGAGCUACUCCACAAGUUACACAGUGAAGGUGGUUGCUUUUAAUGUACGUUUUCACAGCAAUCCUGUCAUAAACAACAUCGACACUAAGUACAACGACAAAGCUGUGAUUGGUGUUCUCGUCUUCCUCAUCAUCUGCACGUCUGUGGCUCUGCUCCUUGUCCUCUACAAGAUCUACAUCCUGAGGAGCAAAACCUCCAAUGAGAGAGAUGAUUACCUUUUGCCAAUUUUAUCAGGAAAUGAUGAAGACAACCUGCUGUCCAUUGAGCCCAUCGCUGCUGAGGUCAUGCUGGAGACCUACAAGCGGAAGAUCGCUGAUGAGGGCAGACUUUUCCUGGCUGAGUUUCAGAGCAUUCCCAGAAUUUUCUCAAGGCACACGGUAAAAGAGGCCAAAAAGACCUGCAACGGCCCCAAGAACCGCUACGUGGACAUCCUGCCAUAUGAUUAUAACCGUGUCCAUCUGGACACAGGAAAUGGAGAAGCAGGAUGUGACUACAUCAACGCCAGCUUCAUUGAUGGGUACAAAGAGCCCAAGAAGUACAUCGCAGCCCAAGGCCCAAAGGAGGAGACCGUCGGUGACUUCUGGAGGAUGAUUUGGGAGCAGCAGUCCUCUAUUAUCGUCAUGGUAACCCGCUGCGAGGAGGGAAACAGGGUCAAGUGUGCUCAGUACUGGCCGAGUCCGGAGCGAGAGACGGAGAUUUACGAGGAGUUCAUAGUGAAGCUCAGCGCAGAGGACCACUGUCCGGACUACAUCAUCCGCCACCUCAGCCUGACUAACAAGAGGGAGAAGAACUCUGAGAGGGAGGUGACCCACAUCCAGUUCACCAGCUGGCCCGACCACGGCGUCCCCGGGGAGCCGCACCUCCUGCUGAAGCUCAGGCGCCGCGUCAAUGCCUUCAAGAACCUGUUCAGCGGCCCCAUCGUCGUCCACUGCAGCGCCGGAGUGGGCCGGACGGGCACCUACAUCGGCAUCGAUGCCAUGAUGGAGGGUCUGGAGGCCGAGGGCAGGGUGGACAUCUACGGCUACAUAGUCAAACUGCGCAAACAGCGAUGCCUCAUGGUCCAAGUGGAGGCCCAGUACAUCCUGAUUCACCAGGCUCUGCUGGAGCAUCACCAGUUUGGAGAGACUGAGAUCAUUCUGCCGGAGCUCCACAGCUCGCUGAACACGCUCAAACAGAGGAGCUCCAGCAACGAGCCCAACCUCAUGGAGGAGGAAUUUGAUAGAAUCCCAUCGUACAAAAACUGGAGGACGUGUAACACGGGGCUCACAGAGGACAACCAGAAGCUGAACCGCUGUUCAGAUGUCAUUCCAUACGACUACAACCGCGUGCUGGUGAAGCUGGAGGAAGCCCGCAGUCAGAACAGCGUCCCGGACGACUAUGAUGAAGAGGAUGAGGAGGAGUCGUCCGAUGAGGACGACGAGGACUCCACUAAAUACAUCAACGCCACCCAGUUAGACGGCUACUGGGGCCCGCGCGCCCUCAUCGCAGCACAGACCCCACUGCCCGGCGCCAUGGCAGACUUCUGGAUGAUGGUUUACCAGAAGAAGACCUCCACCAUCGUCAUGCUGUCAGACUGCAAGGAGGACGAUAAGGAGUCCGACUGUGUUUACUGGAGCAAAGACAAGAAGACGUUUGGAGAGAUCGAAGUUGAGGUGAUGAGCGCCGACGCCUCCCCCGCCUUCGUCAGACGCAGCAUGCUGAUCCGCCACGUCAAGAGGAAAGAGAGUCGACCGGUGAAGCAGUUCCAGUUCCUGAAGUGGGGGGACGGAGUCGUGCCCGAGAAGCCCCAGGAGCUCACAGACAUGGCCCAGAGGAUCAGGGAGGGCGGUGGCGGCAAGUCCCAGAGGAACGUGCCCAUCGUGGUCCACUGCGACGACGGCUCCACCCGUUCGGGCGUCUUCUGUGCUCUGUGGAACCUGCUGGACAGCGCCGAGACCGAGAAGCUGGUGGACGUUUUCCAGGUUUCCAAAACCUUGCGCAAGGAGAGAAAGGCCAUGAUCUCUAGUCUGGAACAGUACCAGUUCUUGUAUGAGGCCCUCGAGGGGGUCUUUCCUGUGCAGAAUGGGGAAGUGAAAGCGGCACAGGCUCCCACGGCCGACUCUGUCCAGAUUGUCAAUGAAACCCACGCAGCGGAGCAGCCGGCGCAGGCGACCGGCACUACCGGCGACGAGCAGCAGGUGGCGGCAGAGAGCACCCCGCUGGUGUCAGCGGAGCCGAAGGACAGUGAAAAAGAAGCGCCCACAGAGACUACGCCCCUGGAGGACGACACCACUGUCCCACCUUCACCUUAAAGGUCUGAGAGGAGGUCUGCAUUUAUUCUGAGUACAAGCGCUUUUAGCUAAACGCUUCCUUUUAUUUCUUUACGAAUGUAUAAACAUUGUACAAAACAAAGUGUUUUUAAGUGGAGUACAGUUAAAAUUUGAUUAAAAAAUGUUUAAUGUGUUUUUUUCCAAAAAUAUAGUUUUACAGAUAAGUUAUAAAUAUUUUAGUACUUUGUUUAAGAAAUGGAAAUAUAAUUUGCUGUUGUCAAACUCGGAAAUCAGUAAUAACUGUAUAAUAACAGGUACAUUCAAAUAUACACAGUUGAUGUGUUUUAUGUUUCACUAUUAGUUUAUAUUAACAUCAAGAUGUUUUUUUUAAUGCUAUUAUCUAUGUUUAUCAACCUGAAUUUUGUUUUGUUAUUUCAUCAUCAUGUUAGUUAAAAUGAAACUUUCAUACAAACACUGUACUUACAGUUCUAACCAUUCUAAAGGUUUUAUUUCCAUGUUGUCAUUUUGUGUGACUUGUGUCAUUUGUGUUUAAAGCUCUUGGAACCUGUUCAAUCAAUCAACCUCUGACUGGUUAACUGAGGGAACAGGUUGUCAUCACUCUGUGACACAAGCAACCAAAUACAGUUCAAACCUUUCCAAACACAGUGAAAAGAAACAAACAAACUGUAAGAAAUGCACUGAACACUGUUACUGUAAUCGUUUUAAAAGGCAAAACCAAACAAAUGUAAGACACACGACAUGUGAAGUGGAGCUUCCUCCGGUUCAAGACGCUCAUCAGCAAACGAUCGGUUCCUGUUCCUGUUCUGAGCUGCAUCCUUCCUUCUACGUUUUCUCCUUAUCUCUAAAAAAGUACUAUGUAAGAAGCUUCUUCUAUAUAUAAAAACAUCAAACAAUA